GCCCAUUAAGACAAGGGUAACUCAAACUCAAAAACCACAACCAAUGACAACGCAGAGAACUCGACUUCUCAACCAAGUUCCCAUUUUACCCUUUUAACCCUCUUUCCCCAAAAAAAAAAACAAACGACCUCGGUCCAUCCUCCGCCGCCGCCGCCGCCGCCGCCGAGUCACCACCAUGGAGUCGUCCCCAAUCAACCGUCUCUCACCGGACUCACUCCACCAGAUCUUCUCAUCUCUCCCUCUCCGUCAGAUCAUGAUCUGCAGAUCCGUCUGCAAGUUCUUUAACCAGCUCUUGACCUCGCAGUGCUUCACCGAGAUCAUCUCCUCCCGUCCUCCUCUGAACCUCCUCGCUCUCCGCCCUCCUCACCACCACCGCCACGUGGCGAACGCUCAUCCCUACAUCCACGUGUACGAUCCGGACGAGGACCAGUGGUUCAGAUUCAGUCUCGAUUUCCUCCCUUUCCGGUCGCCGCAGCCUGUGGCGUCCUCGAGCGGGUUGAUCUACCUGUGGGGUGACUCGGUUGGCUCGGCUGACUCGAGCAAGUCGCUCGUCGCGUGUAACCCGUUGACUCGUCAGUUCAAGGUGUUGCCUCAGCUCGGCUCGGCUUGGUCACGUCACGGCUCUGUUCUUGUCGACUCGGCUAAUAGAGUCAUGGUCCUCACGGAGCUAGCUGCUCUGUAUUUCUCAGGACGGGUGGUAGCUAACCAGUGGCUCAAAUUCUCAUCGAACUUACCGUCGAAACCUAGAAGCCCUGUGUUAAUGUCAUGUUCUGUUUUCGCCUUGUGCGACGUGGGGUCACCAUGGAGAAGCCAGUGGAAGCUCUUCUCGUGUAAGCUAACGAACCUGACAGUAACUCACACGAACUGGACUUGCUUGGAGAGACACGAGUGGGGAGAUAUUUUCGAUAUCAUAAAACGACCGCGUUUACUGAGAGGGGAAGGUGAUUCUAAGCUGUUGAUGAUUGGUGGGUUAAAGUCAACGUUCUCGUUGAACCCGGCCUGUUCGACGAUCCUUAUACUUAGGCUUGAUUUAGAGAGCUUGGAGUGGGAAGAAGCGGGGAGGAUGCCUCUUGAUAUGUACAGAGGGUUUCAAGAAUCGAGUAAGUUUAAGGUUUUUGGAGGUGGUGAUAGGGUUUACUUCUCUGCUAAAAGGAUGGGGAAGCUUGCAAUGUGGGAUCUUUGGGGAGGAUGGAGAUGGGUUGAUGGUGUUUCUGGUUAUGGAGAUGGGUUGUGUCGUGGGUUUGUGUUUGAAGCUAAGCUUACGAUGAUGCAAUGAAGAAAAAAAUAUUGUGAUGUUUAUGUUUUAUGAUUUGUUUGUGUUUCUUAAGCUGUUUUAUCUCUUGUCAUUGUGUUUUUCUUUGUGUUGUUCUUGAAUCCAAGUCUGUGCUUACAUGAAUUAUAUCCCUUUCAUACUGUCUUAUAAGUGUGCAGCAAUACAAACGAUCAUCAUGUUCAUUUGUUGGUCCUGAUUUGAAGGUUACGUUGCGUCAAGCUUUCUCAUA